UUUAAUUAGUUGAAAAGACCAACAUUCAUGAAGUGACCACGAUGGCGUACAAGACUUUAAACUUUGCCCUGUUCACUUUAACUGUCAUUACAAUUUCUUUUGUCGUUCUGUACGUAGGAUGGAGUAACUCGAUACUUAUGCGUAUUCAAGGUAAGGUUUGCCGUUCCUCUUCCACAAUCGCGAAGAAUUGACCAUAGUCAGUAGCAAAAUGGUUCAGCAGCAAAAUGACGAAGGAUCAACGGAGUCUGUGAACGUGAAGAGACUGGAAACAAUAAGGGAGGUCUGCAGAAGGAAUAACAAAACCAACAGCUCCCUGGAGGACAUUUCGAAAUUGAACAUCAUCGUUAAUGAGAAGUAUAAAAUAUUAUUUUGCUACAUUCCAAAAAUUGCUUGUACUCAAUGGAAAACUGUCAUAGCAAGUCUUUCUGGCCCACAGCUUGCGUACCCUGGGAUUCACGAUGCGAGAAAUUUCAAAUUUCUGAGUAAUUACCCAACCGAUGAAGUCAAGAGGAUGCUGAAAACUUAUUUCAAGUUUGUGUUUGUUCGAGAACCUUUCGAGCGGCUUUUAUCUGCUUACUUGGAUAAAUUUCAAAGCGGUGACCCUGCGUUCCACAAAAAUUAUGGACAACGUAUUAUUACACUCUACAGACCAGGAGGUAAUCCUGAAGAGAAAAACGUCAAAUUCGAUGAGUUUUUAAACUACGUUCUACAUUUAGGUGAUGGAUACUGGAACGAACAUUGGCAAACUUAUGACAACUUGUGUCAGCCUUGUGGUAUUCCUUAUGAUUUCAUCGGACACUUUGAAAAUCUUGGGCAAGAGGCUCAAUAUGUUUUGGAAAUAUCUGGUGUAACAAAAAAAGCAAAUGUGUCAUUUCCACCGGUCAAACGGUCGCAAACCUCAUCACUAGUGCCGUUUUUCUACAACCAAAUCCACAAAGAGCGGCUUUACGGAACUAUGCAGUUAUUUGGACCCGACUCUGAGAUGUUUGGAUAUGACUUGCCAAAAUCAUUUUACGAAAUUAUCCCAGAAAUCAGCCAGCAGAGCAGAACGAGAAACAAUUCCAAGCAAAGGAGGUACAUGGAAGGGGAGGAAUAG